GAGAGAGACUGACAUAGCGAGAGGAGAGCAGCAGAAGAAGAGAUCGGAGGAGAGGAGAAACGGAAAGCCAGAAAACGCAGCGACUGCAGAAUUUUUGCAGCGCCAUUGGUUCGGCAUCCAGUCCUUAGGCUGGGGCGUGAUUUCAGCACCAAGGGGGACUGGACAGCACCCAGAAGGGGACUCCUGGGUACCGAGCAGCGGCGGCAGCAGCAGCAAGGAGCCCGGCUUUGCAACAGAAAAGCAAGGUCAGUCCGAAGCAAAGCCAUGCACACAGGCAGCUCUUCUCUACCACCGCUGCACUCCCUGCCUGCUUCUCUCUAACAUGCAGUGGCUGCUUAUAAUUGCUAGCAUUAUUCCUGUUCCAAUUAGCGAAGCCGGCCAACAGAGAUCUACUUAGCUUUUUCGGGAGGUUUCAGGAGGGGUUGAGGAGGGGGAUUUUUUCUACUUUUUUUUUUUUUUUGCGUGCCUUGCAGUACGUGCCUGGAUAGUUUAUGGAUAUAAUUAUUGACUGGUGACUGGGCUGUUGCAGUGUAUGUGGGGGGAAGAGAAAGGGAUAAAGGAGAAAAGAAAUCGCCCGCCACCCCUGCGUCCCUACCCCCCCACACACACUAUCCCCCCCCCUUUGGUGGUGGUUCGGACAUCUCCUCUCUUGAAUGAACUGGAAUUGUUUUCGGUGUGAGGAUGAUGGUUGCUGUUACUUUGUGAUGAGAUCGGGGAUGAAUUGUUCAGUUUAAACAUGCUGCUUUGGAUUCUGUUGCUGGAGACAUCUCUUUGUUUUGCUGCUGGAAACGUUACAGGGGACGUUUGCAAAGAGAAGAUCUGUUCCUGCAAUGAGAUAGAAGGGGAUUUGCACGUAGACUGUGAGAAAAAGGGGUUUACCAGCCUGCAACAUUUCAGCGCCCCAACUUCUCAGUUUUACCAUUUAUUCCUUCAUGGAAAUUCCCUGACUCGACUUUUCCCUAACGAGUUCGCUAACUUUUACAAUGCAGUCAGUUUGCACAUGGAAAACAACGGUUUGCAUGAAAUUGUUCCUGGGGCUUUUCUAGGGCUGCAGCUGGUAAAACGUUUGCAUAUAAACAACAAUAAGAUAAAAUCGUUCAGGAAGCAGACAUUCCUGGGGCUGGACGAUCUGGAAUAUCUCCAGGCAGAUUUUAAUUUAUUAAGGGAUAUUGACCCGGGAGCAUUUAGGGAUUUAAACAAGCUGGAGGUGCUGAUUUUAAAUGACAACCUCAUCAGCACCUUACCUGCCAACGUGUUUCAGUAUGUGCCGAUCACCCACCUCGACCUCCGGGGAAACCGACUUAAAACCUUGCCUUAUGAGGAGGUCCUGGAGCAGAUCCCAGGCAUUGCUGAAGUUCUGCUGGAAGAUAAUCCCUGGGACUGCACUUGUGAUCUGCUAUCCCUGAAGGAGUGGCUGGAAAAUAUACCCAAAAAUGCUUUGAUCGGCAAAGUCAUUUGUGAAGCUCCUACUAGGUUGCAGGGCAAAGAUUUGAAUGAGACCACAGAGCAAGAGCUGUGCAGGAAAAACAGAGUGGAUUCUAGUCUAGCUGCUCCCCCUGCCGAAGAGGAAACCUGUGAUCCUGGUCCCAUUCCAACUCCCUUUAAAAUACACGGCAAAGAAGAUCCUGCCACUCCCAGAUCUGCUCCAAACGGAGGUACAAAGAUCCCAGUCAACUGGCAAAUCAAGACCCGACCCACUGCUGCGGGCUCCACAAUUAGCGUGAAAAACAAGCUACCGACUAGCAUGCCCUGUCCGGAGAUCUGUAGCUGCGAUCAGAUCCCUGGCUCGGGUUUAAAGGUUAAUUGCAACGAAAGAAAUGUGAGCAGUUUGGUAGCUUUGAAACCGAAGCCGUCCAAUGUGCAGGAGCUGUUUCUGAGAGACAACAAAAUACAUACAAUCAGGAAAUCCCACUUUCUGGAUUACCGGAAACUUAACCUAUUGGAUCUGGGGAACAACAACAUCGCUACUGUGGAGAACAACACCUUCAAGAACCUCUUCGAGCUCAGGUGGCUCUACAUGGAUAGCAACUACUUGGACACUUUGUCCCGCGAGAAAUUCAGUGGGCUGCAAAACCUAGAGUAUCUGAAUGUGGAGUUUAAUGAGAUCCAGUUGAUUCAGCCCGACACCUUCAAUGCAAUGCCAAAGCUCAGAGUCCUAAUCCUCAACAACAACCUGCUGAGGUCCCUCCCCGUGCAUGUGUUCGCUGGAGUCUCGCUUUCCAAACUGAGUAUACACAAUAACUAUUUCAUGUAUCUCCCAGUGGCGGGGGUAUUGGACCAGCUCACGUCCAUCACUCAGAUAGAUCUGCAUGGCAACCCGUGGGACUGUUCGUGCCCGAUUGUGCCUUUCAAACAGUGGGCAGAGUUGUUGCGCCCCAAGGUGGUCAUGAGCGAUCUGAGGUGCGAAUCCCCAGAGGAUUUCUUUAAGGAGGAUUUCGAGUCCCUUUCCAACGACGUGAUUUGCCCGCAGCUCAAAAUCUCGCCUACGUUCACUUCCAGUAACAAAAACAGCACUGGGUUGGCAGAGUCAGGGACUCACGCCAACUCCUACCUAGAGACCAGCCGGGUCUCCAUUUCGGUGCUGGUCCCAGGACUCCUGCUGGUGUUUGUCACCUCUGCCUUCACAGUAGUUGGCAUGCUAGUGUUCAUCCUGAGGAACAGAAAGCGCUCUAAGCGGAGGGACGCCAACUCAUCUGCAUCUGAAAUCAAUUCCUUACAGACAGUUUGCGAUUCUUCUUACUGGCACAACGGACCCUAUAAUGCAGAUGGAGCCCAUAGAGUUUAUGACUGUGGCUCUCAUUCUCUAUCAGACUAAGAGCUGGGGUCGGACAGGGGAAAAAAAAAGUAGGAAGACAAUUCAAUUUUGCAGCGAGCAACCCAGUGAUUAAAGAAUCCCUGAUCUGUGCAUUGCUGUCUCGUCUGCUAACGCCACUGCUAAAUAACGACAGGGGACGGUUCUUAACCCAAACUACCUUCUGUGAAAAUAACACACACACACACAAAGCAAAAACUGUGGCGUAUUUCAGUGAGUGAAGGCCGGUUUUUUUCAACGCACCCUUUAAGUAUAGCCACACUGAGGCAGUGCUUCGUGCAUUUGACUGUGUAUUACCUUAGUUUGCAAUGGAAAGCAAGGAUCAACUUGGUUAAAGUCUUGCAGGGGUACCAUUGUUUUGUGGAUUAGCCCCGUGUUGAUGGGCGGCGGUGGGGGAGCAGGGGACCUGGUCGGUGGCCUCCUCCCCUUGAUAACAAAGCAGGAGUGAAACGUUGCACGAAGGCAUGAAUGUAAUGUAAAUAAACGACUGAUUAAAACAAACAAACAAAAAAAGUGCUGCAUGGCUCGCAUGGAUACAACGCACUCGAAGGACGCUACUCCAGCACCCAACUGGAAACAACGUCUAGUUCACACCACCAUCCCUCUUACCUGAUAAGUCCCAUCGUAUCAAACUUUCUAUAUACAAAAUACAGUAUAAUAAUAAAAAAGUGCCAUUUCGCCAUAUUUUGUGUGAUCGAUAGACAGUAGAUAGAGAUCGUACUUUUACUGUGGAAACAAACAAAUGUAAAGAUUUUAUUUAAGACAUAUUUGCAUGGAUAUUCUCAUUCGUUCAUUUUCUGAGUUGGGGCGGGUAUUUACUUUGUUGGGUGAAGUUUUCUUUUGGGUUCGGUUACCACUUUUUCUUUUUAAAUAUACAUAUCCAACAAUGCCUUUCCAUCUGAAUGUAAAAUUUAGUACCCUUGAUUUCUAUUAUGGUAACCGUGUAAACAUUCAAACAAAAACAAAAAAAAAAUCCGAGGCAGUUAAGCAUGACCAAUUAAUGUCACUCUAGUGCUUAGGCUGCAAAGUUUAAUGGUAGACAAUUCUGUGUUGUUGUAAAUCUUACUAUAACUUGAGGAAAUCAGAACUGAGUAAGCACGUGAAACUUACUAAUUCUAUUCGAGGAUUUUAUA